GCUAGAAUAGGAAGUUUUGUGACCGCAGAGAUAGUUCAACGGACGCGUGAUAGCAUCUCAAAAACUGCUGUUCAAAAAUCAAAGUCUCAAACGCGCUUCUUAAUAUUCUCAUUUCUCGGAUUGCAAGAGUUGGCAGAGUUAAUACCGGGGCGAUUGAUAAGCGCGCGAUAUCGCCCGCCCACCAUGAGUCGCUAGUGCGUGUCCAUCCACCUUAGUCUUGGCAGGCGAUGGCCUCCGAAAUGAUGUCGCCCAACACCAGGGUGAUCGCCCUCCUCGCCGGCGCCCUCGGCACAUUUCAAGCGUUGUGCUGGGGAAACAUGGCUUUGCUGGCCGUGAUUGGCCACGGCGACUGUCCUCUUUGGGACGCCACCAGCACCUUCCUGAUCGCAAUGCAGCGAAUGUACUUCCAAGAGCGAACGUGUCUGAACAACCCGAUAAACCCGAGCUUGCCGGCGUUCAGCUGGGCCGAGAGCAUCAUGGGCCCUGGUUCGAUCCUCGCGUGGAUGAUCAUCCUGCUGGCCAUCGACUGCAUCUGGUUCUUCGCCUCCCUUUGCCUGAUCGCAGCGUGGAAAAGCUCGCGGCUCACGUUCACGAGCAUUGUCAGUGCAAUGUGGUGCGUGGUGACGUCAGUGGUGAUCAUCGUCGACUUGGUCGCAUGUGCCAUGUUCGGAGCUGAUUACGGAAAGAUUGUUUCCGCUCCGAUCGCGCAUUACGCAUACUUGGCCCCACCUGCGGUCAUCAUGACGCUGGUCGCGCGAGGAUUCGUUCUGUGGGUCGUCAACUUGGUGCUGCUGACCCUGCUCGUCCGAUCUCUGCCGGCGCUUCGCCAACACAAAAAGGCGGUGAAAGAGCACGAGCGGCAAAUGGCCAUGGUCGACUUGUACGGACCACCCGCGCCCGGACACGACUCGUUCCACAACCACGGCUUCGUGCCCGACUACACCAGGCCGCCGAGCAACCAACCCCCCCGCGGCUUCACCAUGUACCCCCGGCCCGACUACUCGCCCCCUGGCAGGAGGGUUGGUCGCGCCAGGUCGGCCUCACCUGUCAAGCACUUCGCCCGCAACAAACCCAGACAAGGUUACUGACCUCCUCGCUUUUGCCGCCUCGCCUAAUCACAGAAAAGAAACUAACAUUGCUUUUAAUUCCCUUAAAAUCGCCAUUAAACAAGUUUGAGAAUAAAAAAAAAAAAUCACAGAGUUUGCCAUGCUUUCUAUGGACGUGUGCGCGGCGCCAGUCGGUCGGCCUUUGUUCAAAAUAAUAAUAACAGCGAGAGCAGCUUUUUCUAUAUCGAUCUGGGUGAUUGACAGAGCGGAAUGAUGGACUCGACCGGCAGCUGCGGCACUUCCUCCUUUCCACUCUUUGCCGAAUUUUCAAUUGCAAUUCAAGACGUUAAAUCACUUCUGUUUGCGCGCCAACGGUAAAAUCUUAUUACAAAAAAUUAACUUCCUUGAAAAUGCAGUAAUAAGAUUUAGCCUUGAAAUUUACACAGUUACGAAGAGCCAAUCUGACAUGAUAUUUUAUCAAUUUAUCAAGAGGAAAAAAUUACAAGUGAAUAGUUUUGUUGAUGAUUCUACAUAGCAGCAACUUACAAAACAUUUCAAUUAGAAAGUGUCAGAGAGAAUCAGUUUUAAAUUAUGCAAUCACAAGAAAUUAAUUUAUUGAUCUUUUUUCUAUGGAAGAAUUUUGCUUUCUACAACGUUGUUAUUAAGAUCGUCCAUCCUUCAAAUAGAAAAGCAAGGGGAAUGAUGAAGAAAAUGCUGUUUCUAGUAAAAAGCUCCGUUUCUUAUAAAACUAAUUACAUUUAAUCCUCUCUCAGCAUUGACGAUGCAAACCCAGAUGGAAAAAAGUAAUCAACACGACUUUAAUGAGUGACGCUGUAGCUUUGAAUCAUUCAAACGCACUGCCGAGCGCUCAUUUCACGGCCGAACGAACUUUUGAUUUAUAUUGCGCCAAGUGUCACUCGCACUCUCUCAUUACAAGCAAACCGCCGCGUCCAAUACAAUCGCCGUGAUUAUAAUUUGAUAUGUGCACAAAAAAAAAUGUAUUCAUGUUGGGCUGAAUGGAGGUUGCGGUGGGCCGCGUAUAAUUGAUUGGCCCGCAGUAGAAAGGACGUUUGGCGAGGAAUGCGCGAUCUAAUAUCAAAGAUCCACUUUCUAUCGCGUCCGUUUUCACGCUCGACUCGUGUUUUCUGGUGUUUGGGCCUAAUAAUUGAGACAGUUCAGUUUUUUUCUAUUACAAGAUUUAUUAUAAAUCGUCAUAAAUUACAUGGUUUGGAACAAAAAGUAAAAGUACAUUUUAUGAGCACGAACAAUAAUUUACUUCCGAGAGAAAAGGCACAAAUAACUUUCUUACUUGCACAAACUAUAUAAAUAAGAAAGAAAAUUUUGAUAAUUUUUCCAUAUUUAGAGCAAAUAGAGAUUAUUCGGUGAAUUAAAUCUCCUAAUUUCACUUGCUUGAAAUUUGCCAAUUAUUUCCCUUGAAAUGAGAUGCAAAUGAAUAUCAAUCAAAUGUGACGAGGUGCAAAAGUGUUCUCUCUCGGUUCGAUGGACAUGUGGCUUGGCUUUAAUUUAAAUUUUAAUUGAAGAAAUUGAAAACGCACCGGUCACGCCUUCUUGAGAUGGACGAUGCGCACGUUUUUUCUGGAGGGGAUGAUUCGGACGUUGGGCUGGCGCCUCCGCCUGAAGAAGUUGGGGCUGCCGGCGAAGGACGGUGGCGCCGGCGUGGUGCUCGGCGGAACGACCAUGGGCGGCAGUUGGAUGCCGCCCUUGGGCGUCCUGCGGGGCGCGGGCGGCUCGUCCACCUGCUCGUGCACCGCGUACUCCUUCGAGCCCUUUGUUGGUUGCUUGUGACGCUGGACCGGAGGCGGACGAGCACCACCGCCUGAAACGGCAACAUCGAUUUUCACACAAGACCUACUCACCACCCUCGCAAUAAUUGUUCCCUCGCCCAAUGCAAAUAUUAACCAUCAAUUAUUGUU